ACCUAGUGGGAAUUGAAACACCCGAAUAGACCGCCAUUUACAGUGUGAUUUACAGAGGGAAAGAGUAGAAGCUAAGCAAGCAAGAUGCUUUGACACCAUGCAUUGUUCUGCUCACGUUGCAUACGAGGCAAUUUUUGAUUGCCCAUAUCUUCUAAUUAAUUGUUUUUCCAACUUUGUCGUAUGGUGUGAUCAUAACAAAGCAUUCCGAGGUAUAAAUGCAGGCGCGAAAUCCAUCCCAUCAGUCGCAUUCAUAAAGCAAAACUUGUAGGAGAAUGUUCCCCACCGAAGUCCAUAUCCGUUUAUAAAGCUUCUGUAACGAGCUGCAAUUGUAUCUGCUUGGAGGGUUCUGAGAGAAGUGAUGUGCAAAAUCAUGGAUCCAACAGAGAAGGGUGUGUGGUGGAAAGAUGAUGGGCAGUGGGUGCGGUACCCACCUGAAAUGGCUGCAAAAAUCGAGAGAGCCAAGAGGAAUGGCGAUACAAACGUUAUGGUGGGUCCUCUCAUAUCUUCUCGGUACCCAUCGGGAACGAAUUAUGCGAUUGAUCUGCUCACAAUGAAGCAAAAGAAUCUCACCACGGGCUUCUCCAGAGAUGUUAAGAUAAUCCCUGCAUCCUCUGCUCAGGAACAUGAGGAAUCCGAAGAAGAUGUUGAUGAUCCCGUGUCCCCAAUUCUUCGAAGAAUGGGGAAAGUUAUAAACAAUAAAGAAGAAGCAGGGAAGGAUGUUGUUCGUAUGGUGCCCUCCAUUACUGUAGACCUUCAGAAACUGAAUCCCCACUGCAUCGUCGAUGGUCAGUGCAAUCUGGUUUUAAAGCUUCCCAAGACUGUCGCGCAUUCGGAAAGGCUUAACUCCCUCACCAGAAAGACUCUGGCAUUGCUGCUGGAAAAGCUUACGGCGAGAGAUUUCAUUAAGAGCGUCAUUGCAAGCAAGUCGCAGGGUUUCAGCCAAUGUAAUCACGUCUGGAAGGUCCGUCAGUGUAAUUCGUACACAGUGGGGAGAGCAGAAAAUCCGGAAAUAUAUUCUUCGUUUCUGAACCACCUCUGCGCCUUAGCAGAGGAAGAUGAUGGGCUUGUAGACGCUCUGUUUAGGGUUGCAGAGAAGGGCAACACAGGAGCGGGCGACCGUGUUGAGUUUGUGUUCAAGGGUUCUUCUGUGGAUGAAGGGAGGAGUGUUUUUGAGCCUGCAGAGAGUGGUGUUGUUACUGGAUACACCAGGCUUCUGCCAUUGCCAAGCGAAGGUGGAAGGAAAGUCUCUGUCUAUCUUACAAUGUGUGAGUUUGUUCAAGGAACCCGCUACCUCAAUGUAGUGAAGGGUGCAUCUCUGUUUAUUGCUCAGCUUGUGCCGACUUUAACUGAAAUGUGAGAAACAGCUUUCUGAUUAGGGAUACCAUGUACAACCGUAUAUAACUAUAUGACUUCAUAAGAUUAUAGAAUUUUGGGUUUUGAAACAAUAUAAACUGCUGAGGAUGACCUCGUUUAUAUGUUAUAUGAAGUAUAUAUGUUCUGCCUUUAAUCGAAAGUAGAAAUAUUUGUUGCCUUGUUAA